GGAUAGGCAAAAAAUAGGUUAACACGAUUUACCUGGGUGUUACCUGCAGCGACAUUAAAAAGUGGGUCGCGAUAUUUGUUUUCUGAUCAAUAUAGACUUCUCACAACAAGUGCAUUUUAGAACAAUCACACAUACUAUUAAGUAUGGCUGGAAUGUCCAGUAAAAAGAGAUGUAAAGGAAGCCUCGAUACCCAAGAACAAGAUCGAGAUGCAACUGAAGAUUUCCGUGACUACAUGGCUGAUGUCGUCUCUAAGGGACAUACUUGCUUGUCCAUCGCGCUCGGACACGAACUUCGUCUCUUUGAUGUUCUGGGGGAUUUUGACGAAUCAAAGUCAUGCAGAGUCAUAGCUGAGACCGCCGGGUGUAAAGAGGGGUAUAUCAAAGCAUGGUUGAGGACAAUGGUGUCAGGUAAAAUAGUGGAGGUAGUAGAAAAUGAGAAAGGAGAAACACUAUUCUUUUUACCCAAAGAUCGUCUGUCCUCUCUGACGUCAACAGAAAACAACCUGGCUUGUCUCACGAGGCAGGUGCCCAUCUACAGCACUGUGUAUCCAGAUGUGGUGAGAUGUGUGAAAAAAGAUGGACCAAAUGGAGUGGACUAUGAGAGGUUUGCCGCUCUUGAUGUUUACUGGGAAGAAACAAACAAGAUGAUGCACAAUUCAAGAAAACAUCUCAGUUUUAUUCUAAAUCAAAUUCCUGGGCUCAUCACACAGCUAGGUAAUGGUUCAUGUAUGGUAGGAAUAAGGGAGAAUUUAGCUAAAUCACUCUUAGAAAAUGGAACCACGGUUUGUGAUGUUGGCUGCGGUCCCGGCCACAGAGCCAACCUUAUUGCUGGAAUGUUUCCGAACACAAAAGUUACAGGGAUAGACAUUUCUGAAGAGACAGUAGCCAUUGCUAAGACCAAAGCUGAUGAACUUAUGUUGCCCAAUGUCACUUUUAUGUCUGCUGACGGAACAUCUCUUCCCGAAAAUUGGGCGGAGACAUUUGGUUACGUCACAAUGUCAGAUGUCAUCCAUCACGUAAAAAAUCAGGAGAAAAUGUUAGCAGAAGUCCAUCGAAUCCUUACACCAGGCGGCGUUUUCUCCCUGUUUGAUUUCGACGUUCAUGAGCGUUUGGCUGACAACUACGGCAAGCCGUCCGCUUCAGUGAUGUACGCCUUUAAUUUGUUAUAUGACUUGCCAGCUAGUUUGGGGGACGACGGGGAGUCGGGCGAAGGGCACGGUCACCAUGGAGAGGUCUUUGCUCAUGGCCACGCGCCCGAUGACGGUCACAGUGGCGAUGACAAGAAGCCUGAGACUGUCCUUGAAGGUCAUUCUCUUGAAGAGGUCUGCGAGGGAUUUGAGAAACCAAUGAACAUCCUUAGAAAAGUUGGAUUUGAGAUUGAAAUCAAGCAAAUAGCAGAAACGCUUGAGUGUCAUAUUAUCGCCACCAAGAAGAAAUGAAAUUGUUGUUGAAUUACCAUGAACCCGCCGACACUGACCUUAUAGUGCAUCUAAGUAUUUUUAAAAUUUUUAUGUGAUUCUCAUUAUUCCACAAUAGAGGAUUUCCACUAUUUUUACGAUGUAGCUACUUUUGGUCCAUGAGAACGCGAGAUACAGCGGUUUAGCAGACGUAGUCUACAAGUAAAUAAAAUAUUUUAUCAAGUAAUUUUAAGUGACAUAUUUACAUAGAAACAUAUGGAACACAUCUUUGUCAAACGUCAUAUCUAUCAAUUUAGACGAAUUCAUUGUUUAAAAAGGUAAUAAAUCCUAAGCUUAAAAUGUA